GAACAGAUGAGCUUCGACCAUACAAACGAAAACUUAAAGCUGAAUCUCACAAACAACGCCUGGCACUUAUUCGUAAAGCAUAAAGUACCUUUUUUUUUUAGUUAUUACGUUUAUAGUUUGCAACUCAAUAAUUUGUGGUAGGAAACUAAAGUCGACUGCUAUACUUACGGUAGCCGGUUAUGGCGUAUUUGCCUUUGUUAACAUUUAUAAAGGCAAUGAGAAGUUUUACAAACAAGUUGUAAUGCCCCUGAUGCAUUGCCUAGAUCCGGAAAGAGCCCACCAACUUGCAAUAUUCAUAGCGAAACAUCACCUAAUGCCUAAACUGUCCUACGAAGAUCCCGCAGUUCUUAAAUGCAAAUUUUUCGACAAACAGCUUUCUAACCCCAUCGGAUUGGCCGCCGGUUUCGAUAAACAUGCAGAAGCGAUUACCGGAUUACGAAAUGUCGGUUUUAGCUUUGUUGAAGUUGGGUCAGUGACGCCCAAGCCUCAAGCAGGUAACAUUAAGCCACGGUUGUUUCGUUUAACCGAAGACAAAGCUGUGAUAAAUAGGUAUGGUUUUAAUAGUGUAGGUCAUGAUGUGGUUGUCGACAGGUUAGAUUGCAUCAGAAAUAAGCAUCACCUUAAUUAUACGCUCGGUGUAAAUUUAGGUAAAAAUAAAACUUCGACGGAUCCAAUUAAUGAUUAUGUUGAGGGAGUAAAGAAAUUCGCCCCUUUCACCGAUUACCUUGUGAUAAAUAUUAGUAGUCCAAAUACGCCUGGUCUACGUUCGCUUCAGACCAAAGUUGCUUUAGAACCACUGUUAAAGGCGGUCGUUGAAACCAGAAAUAAUCUACCGCAAGCCACCAAACCGUACCUGCUGUUAAAACUGGCACCUGACUUGUCCUACGACGAAUGUAAAGAUAUUGCUGAGGUGCUAAAGAGUAAGUCUUGUAAAAUGGAUGGGCUAAUUGUAUGUAACUCUACUACCGAGAGACCGGACUCUUUGCAAAGCGAACACAGAGUUGAAGUGGGCGGAUUAAGUGGGCAUCCCUUAGGUGACGUUUCCACAAAAAUGAUUUCUGAUAUGCACAAAUUAACAGAUGGGAUGAUGAUUAUUGGUGUUGGAGGCAUUUUUAGUGGCAAAGAUGCGUACGAUAAAAUAAAGGCCGGAGCGAGUGUUGUACAGUUAUACACGGGCAUGGUAUAUGAAGGACCUACCGUAGUGACCAAGAUAAAGAGAGAAUUGGCAGAAUUGUUGGCGGCAGAUGGCUAUACUAAUGUUACUGAGGCAGUUGGGAUAAAUUCCAAAAAUUAAAUAUAUUUUUUUAAAUUUAA